UUGAAAGCAAAAAUGAAUCUUCCAGAUUAUUUCAAAAACGAGAAUUAUGAAGAAGCUUGUAAUAGAUACACAAUUACAGUGAGUGUUAGAGAUGCUGGUGCAGAUGAGGCCAGUGUUACAAAUCCUUACUUUCUGAUAGAAUCUGCUGAUGCAAUAAAUUUCUUUGUCAGAGCCUUGAUAUCUAAAGAUACCAAAGUUAGAGAUGUUAUCUUUGCUUUUGCUGCGCCUCGACUUUGA